AUGGCCUUCUGGACGCCUCCGCUAAGUACGAGAGGGCGAUAUAUAGUUGACGCAAACGGUAAGCGAUUCAAGCUCAUCGGUGGAAAUUGGCAUGGUGCUUCAGGAACAUAUUUAGGCAAGGGAGAUAUAAAUGAUCCUGAUAAUCAUCAUGCCGGUGAAGUGGCAUUUCAAACACCACUUUGUUUAGAUCGUGUUCCGAUUGAUGAAAUUGUACAAUCUUUUAUUGAUUUGGGAAUCACUACGAUUCGCUUACCGUUUUCAAACGAAAUGAUUCAUUCAACUACACCGCCACCUGAUGAUGCUUUACGUGCAAAUCCACAAUUCAGAGGAAUGACACCUUUGGAAAUCUUUGAUGCAUGCAUUAAAGCUCUCACAAAAAGAGGAUUGGCAGUAAUCUUGAACAAUCAUACAGUGAAAAGUAUUUGGUGUUGUGGCGUUGAUGUGAAUGCACGUUGGAAUGGCGCUCAAACUGAUAUUCAAUGGCAAGAUGAUUGGGUAUUCAUGGCAAAACGUUAUCAAAACAACAGUAGAGUUGUUGGAGCAGAGUUGUACAAUGAAGUUCGUCGUGAUUUCUUGGCUGAUCCAACUUGGGGUUCAGGAACAUUUACAGAUUGGUGGAAUGCAUCUCAAACGGCAGGAACGAGAAUUUUACGGGAAGCAAAUUCGCAAAUGUUAAUCAUCGUUGAAGGAAUCAAUUUUGUUGGAAUUCCAACAAAGUACACACAACAUUACAGACCAGAAUUACAGCCUGUAGGACAGCUAUCACACUCUUUGCCCGUCUUGGACAAGCUUGUGUACUCUUCGCACUUUUACUCCUACACCGGUCCAAACGCUACAGGAGGAGGACCUGAUCUGGGAACGGAUGAUCCACUCUACAGAGAUCUAUCAGCCAGUGUCUUGGAUUCCACCAUGCGCACUUUAGCUUUCUAUGUCUCAAACGAAACGCAAAAGCAUUAUUCUGCUCCUGUUUGGAUUUCCGAAUUCGGUAGUGCAGGAAGAACGGAUUACCUGAACAAAGAUCGAUGGUGGUGGAAAAAAUUUACAAAUUUAUUGGAAAAAUAUGAUGCUGAUUUUGCCAUUUGGCCUUUGCUUGGUUGGAUGGAAGAUGGACAUGGAGAUGGUUGGGCGAUGAAUAUGUUUGACGCAAACGCACAAAGGUUGUCAAUCUUAGAUCCGGGUGAUUGGCGGUUGGACGACUUUUCAAAGAUUGUAAAUGGUAGUGAUGCCUCGACGUUUUCUGGAAUUCAGAGUAAUCGACUAUACAACGAAGAUGCAACACUAUCACAACCUGGACUUGUACGUGCUUCAUGUCCGGACGGAUUACGACUUCAUGGUCUCAGUCACGAAGAAAGUCCAUCAGGUUUAUGUACUGAUGCGAAAAUCGGAAGAAACCUGUGGGAUGCAAAAGAUGGGGGAUAUACAGUUAUAACAACAGAAAAACCAUCUUCACGUUCACCUGAUUGGGCACCAAAAUUGACCAAAUUUCAAUGCUCAACUGGGAAACAUAUGAUCGGAUAUUCUUUCUCAGAAGAAGGAAAGAUGGAAUCAAUCAUUUGUGCACAGAACUCCAAAGAUCCUUCCGCAAUCGUUAACGGAAUGAAUGCUAGCACGUCAAAGAUUGGACUAAGGACAAUAUAUUUCGGGAAGCAAACAGACGUAGCCGAUGAUCGUGGUCAGUGGUUCGGCUUGAAUGCAACAGCGGCAACAUGUGCGGAUGAUGAAAUUUUGAUUGGAACGGCAUUCACCACACGUGGUGAUAAUGGAAGACCACAAGCGAUCUUAUGUCAGAAUUUCAAGGGCGUAGAUGCUGUUCUGGGCACUCGUGGCACAAAUGCUGCCAAUCCAACACCAAGACAUUCACCUCCUACUUCCGUUGCAUUCUUUAUGAUCUUUGUAGGUUUACUUUCGGUCACUUUGGCACUUCUUUCUUAA